AUGAGCCCACCGAAAGCGGACGAUACAAUCGUAACAAGGACCAAGCCUGCUCGGCCCAAGUCGACAUGCAAUUCAGACUCGACCCCCACUCUCCGGCCGAAGCGCCGAGCAGAGCGCGUCUUCAAGAUGCCGGUUCGAAGCAGUUCAUCCAGGUCUUCGCGAUCUUCCCGGUCAAGGUCUGGCCCGUACGAUCGUCCCUCCACGCCUAAACCCGCCAUCUCGCGUCCGCAUACACCCCGCAGAACACUGUCUCUCAUUGAGGCCCUCCCCGUCGAGAUUAUCGAGCAAAUCUUUCUACACUCACUCAACCUCAAUUUCCCAAGAGCAUCGCCAUUCCUAUCCCGGCCAGUCUCGGGUGAACACAUAUAUCGCGCUCUCAUCCUUCUCGCGUUCUGGGGUGACGAGAUUUUCGAUGGACCUCGCGACAAGUUCAUCGACCGUCUAAUGGCGCCGCUUGAAUACGUGCCUCUGGUCAUUGACGAGCGUAAUCAGCUACAACAGGAUAUCUUGAAAUGCAGAUGGUGUACAUUGGAGCGCCUGUCUGAGCAGGUCCCGACAAUGCAGUUGUUGACGAUUCACCGUCUGUGGACACAAGCUGGCAUCAUAACGAUAGAAGACCAACAGAGUGAUUUUGAGAAAUUCCUAGCGCGCGAGGAUGACACUGUCCGCGUGUUCUAUGGGAGGGGCCCGCCAGAGCAGAAACAGGCCGAGGAUAUCACAGCGCAGUCUGUCCAUACUUACAAGCUCGAUGUCACUCCUAUGGUCAAGACUGAGUUUUUUGGUCCGGAUACCGAGACUUUCACUCUCCUCCCUGCCUUGUUCCUUGUUGAAUUCCCACCCCAUCUCCUGCGUGGCCGCCGCAAUGGGUUCACACCGGGAGAUGUUGCGAUGUUAGAGAUGCUGCGCAUGACUUCGUGUAAUUUGAUCGAUGGAAAGACUCAAUUAUUGCCGUCGUGUUUCACCCACCUCGACCGCAAAGCCUUGAACCAGGGUAUUCAGAAUGCCAUCCACCAUCAGAAUCACAGCGCUAUGUUAUCUCUUCUCAAGAUAGACGAGUAUGUCUUCCGUUGCAAGCCUGAGCAUCUAACGCGCUUCACCCGCUAUACGUUUCCGUCCGAACAUUUCCUCGCUGUUACCCGUACCGGCCGCGACAAUCCAAAUCUCAAUUAUGAGUUCUUCAUAACUCUGCUUCGCGCCAGUACUGAGUCGCUCCCCACAGACUCGUCUGAGAUUAGGCAGUGGGCUGUUGAUUAUAUAGAGCUCGGCAGGCAGGAUCCGAGCGCUUACGGGCGCUACGCCGCGUUUGCGAAGUGGUUAAUGGACUUCUUGCUGCGACUGCCCUUACAGCUCACUGCUAGGUCUCAGAUGUUCCAGUUUGGUCUGAUAAACACCUCUCGGGUCGAGGGCCGCAUUUUUUAUGAGAAGUGUCAGAGACCUUACAAUGAAUUUUUUCGGUCUAGGUGGCUUCCGGAAAGCUCGUUCCGGACUGAAGGUCAUUGGCUGAGGAAGGUUGGUCCUGGCCUUCCUGCAUGA